CCUUUCAACCGAGUUAUCGCGCGUCUAGCACAAUGAACGAAAUUCAUUUGUGAUUUUACUCUCGUUGGUGGUGAACUCGCAAUUUUCAAAUCCGCUUUUAUUCUGAGAAAUCUGCAUGACGCGCGACUCGUUCGAACGUAAGAGGAAUAAACGAGCCUUCAAGGUUUGGCAAAGUAUGUCUGUUGUCCCCCAAGGGGUUUUUGCCGCACGUAAAAUCCGCCAAAAUGAAAGGAUUCUUAAAAAUUAUAAUCACGAUUCUUGUCUAACACCCACUAAAUACAGCAGCAAGUACAUGAACAGCGUCUGGGGGAUGUACAACCGCUAUUCGGUUCACAAUCUCAAGAAAAACAUGGACUUUUUCGCUUGUGGGGGCCAAAAGGAACAGUCGGUUGAAAAAAACUCAACCGACUUGAAAACCUUUUUGGCAAAGCACGACUUGAUGUAACAGUUGUCUGAAUAAAUCUGUUGCAUAAUAUUUUGUUUUUUAUUAACUUGUUUCAAGGUUUAAAGUGAAACUCUUAAUAAAUCUUUGUGCUUUUUU